GGGAUUGGAGGAGACGCCACGGGAGGGGCGGGGCCUGGCAAGUUUGUGCCCCGAGUUGGGAGCCCAGGAGCCCCCGCGGCCGUGGCGCAGGUGCCCUCCGCCGGGGUCGGGAUGGAGCUGCCGGCUGUGAACCUGAAGGUGAUUCUCCUGGUUCACUGGCUGCUGACCACCUGGGGCUGCAUCGUGUUCUCCGGCCCGUAUGCCUGGGCCAACUUCACCAUCCUAGCCCUGGGGGUGUGGGCUGUGGCCCAGCGGGAUUCCAUCGAUGCCAUAGGCAUGUUUCUGGGAGGUUUGCUGACUACCAUUUUCCUGGACAUCAUCCACAUCAGCAUCUUCUACCCGCAGACCGUCCUCUCGGACACUGGCCGCUUCAGCGCGGGCAUGGCCAUCCUCAGCCUGCUGCUCAAGCCCUUCUCGUGCUGCCUGGUCUACCACAUGCACCGUGAGCGCGGGGGCGUGCUCCCCUUCCAGAGCGAUGGCCUUGGGCCUUCUCUGGAGCGUAGUGCCUACCAGACGAUUGACUCCACCGAAGUGCCAGCAGAUCCCUUUGCAGGCCUAGAGGGCAGAGGCCAAGCCGCCCCCCGAGGGUACUGAAGCCUCCCUGGGCCCGGCCUGGCCCCAGCUGUGUCACCUUUGGAGGCUCCUCACCUCCUCUUCUUGCACCUGAGGUGGACUGCCCACCCCCCCUCUCCAACUGCCUGGAUCAUGUGCUGCAAGAGGCCCGGAGUCCCCCCACCCCUCUUCCCUUCGUGGGACCCCACUGUCACCAGAGUAGAACUACAGCCUCUCUCUCCACCUCCCACUCCCUAGCUGCACUGUGUCGGCCCUGGCCAAGUCGUGCCUGAGCAAGGUCGGGUCAGGCCUCGAAGGGUCAGGGAUGACCCCACCCCCACAUCGCCCCACCGCAGACCUCCCCCAGGCUACGGGACCCCUCUGCUGGAGCCCACCCAGCAUGGGGACGAGGCCCCUCUGCCCGGUUGCUUGGUGCCUGGGGACCGAGGCCUGGAGGGAGGAGGUGUCUGCCAUCUCCAAGGCCCCCCACAGCCCGCAGCUGCCCCCUCUCAGAGCCCUGGAUUAAACUCAGGCGAUCUGUG